AUGGAAGAGCCUGAGAAAAUUCCUAAACCAGCUCCCUAGCGGAUCUUCCACGAGCGACAGAGGGUCACUGGUCUGCCUUUGUACUUCAAAGGUUAUCUGUCGGUCCGGCGUUCAAGAUGCCAGGAAUUUAAAGUGUAUUGGGCAGAACUCAGAGGAAUUAUGCUCUACUUUUACAAUGAUAAGAAAGCCCCAACAUAUUCACAGAAAUUAGAUAUAUCGGCUUUGAUCUCAGUAACUAAUAUUUAUCUGGAUGAAAAUGGCUUUGUGCAGUUCAUCCUGAUGCUGUCAAAUGAGGAACUAGAACUGAAGGCAGAGGACCGUGAACCUGGGAAAGAAUGGAAGGAUUUUAUUCUCACUGUAACAAAGAUGUCAGUUCCACUGGAUGACUCAUUAUCACCUGGUCAAGUUAUGAAAAAACAUGAAGUGCUAGAGAAAGACAAGAAAAGAAGGAUGGCGCUUAAUGACUGUCCAAGUGCACCCUUGAAUGAAGAAAGCCCCCCCAGCAGGGGCUACAGCAGUACGCUGACCGCUAUGCCAGCGUGUUUCCACGCAGUAUCUCAGCAAGAAGCAACAGAGAUGUUAUAAAAGAACUCUUCAUGUGGGAAUUUGAUCCUGUGGCCUGGCAGCAACAGUAAGAACUAGACAAUCACAGUUCGACAAGUGCUAGAUGCCCCAUUCAUAAAGCACUACAGAGUAAUAACCAAAGAAGCAAGUUUUGUCAUUGAAUUGGAAAGACAGGUGACAUUGCCAAGCCUUCCUGAUGUCAUCAAUUACUUUGUGACCGAGACCCAAGGGAACUUGAAACUAUUUGUCAUGCCUACAUAUGGCAACAUGCUGCAGAGGGCACAGCAUUUCCAAGAGUUUUCUCCAGAGAAGAGAAAUGAAGAAAAAAAUAAGACAGAGGCAAGAGGGGCUGGAAAAGGCAUGAGUCAACCACUAGUACUGCAAUCGGGGACUCUCAGCAAGCCCUUGAGAAACAGAAAGCUACUUGGGGAGGUGGAAAAGAAGAAUUACCUGGCCUUGUUUUAG